AUGGGGACGUCGGACGACAACCACGCCCUGGACUUUUGGCGAGACUGGGACCUGGCUAAUCUAACCGAGGCCGAGUACCUGGACAGGGUGCUCGGCCCGAGGUACCUGCCCAUGAAGAUGGUGAUACCGCUGACGAUCGUCUACGCGGCGGUCUUCGUCACCGGGAUCUUCGGUAACGUCGCCACGUGCACGGUUAUCGUCAGGAACGCAUCCAUGCAGACCGCCACUAAUUACUAUCUGUUCAGUCUGGCCAUAUCCGACCUCACUCUACUCAUACUGGGUCUUCCUAACGAGCUAAGCGUAUUCUGGCAGCAAUAUCCGUGGGAGCUGGGUGCGGGUCUUUGCAAGAUCAGGGCGUACGUGUCGGAGAUGUCGUCGUACGUAUCAGUUCUCACGAUAGUGGCUUUCUCCAUGGAGAGAUACUUGGCCAUCUGUCAUCCGCUGAGUGUCUAUUCGAUGAGCGGUCUUAAAAGACCCGCUCGUUUCAUUUUCGCGGCCUGGUCGAUCGCGAUAGUCUCCGCCAUCCCGUUCGCGAUUUAUACCAAGGUCAAUCUCGUCGAAUAUCCACCAGGAUCGGGCAAUUAUUCGGCUGAUUCAGCGAUUUGCGCGAUGCUUCUGCCCGACAUGCCCGACUUUCCCCUUUACGAACUCAGCUGUAUCGUGUUUUUCCUGAUCCCAAUGCUCGUGAUUCUGAUCGUAUAUACGAGGAUGGGAAUAAGAAUCAGGAGCAGUACUAAGGAUGCACUAGGCCCAAUACAGGGUUGCGUUCACGGGGAAUACCGGCAGAUGCAAUCCAGGAAGUCCGUUAUUAGAAUGUUAAGUGCGGUCGUGAUCAUGUUUUUCAUUUGCUGGGCGCCGUUUCACGCCCAGCGUUUGCUCUACGUGCACGCACAGGAAUCCGAUUACUAUCCGGAUUUAAACGAGUGUCUCUACAUUUUGAGCGGCUGCUUGUAUUACUUCAGCACUACGGUCAAUCCUAUUCUCUACAAUGUUAUGAGCAUGAAAUAUCGCCAAGCGUUUAAACAAACGAUAUGCUGCAGAACGAAGAGAAAGGCUAGCAGAACUUCGACCAGUAAGGAACCUCAUCUGUGCAGAUACGAUUCCUCGAGAGAAACCUACGAUCGAAGCCUUAUGUGUUCCGUUAGGCAUGCCGUUGCUCGCGCCAGGGAAAUAUUUCGCUUUACGUCGAGCGGAGAGGAGAACGCCAAGAAUAGAAGCAGGAAUAACGUAAAUACAGAGGACACUCCUCUUCAUAACGCUUAUCUGUUACGAAAAGAGGAUUUGUCGUCGGAGCCUGUCUCUGAGCAGGGGCAUAUCCUAGCUUACCAGCAACCUAGCAACGAAAGUACAUCGUCCACAAAGAGAUCGGAUGAUACCGUUUCAAUAGCCAUCAGCAAUCUGUGA